ACUAACCGGUGAGGCGGAUUCAGCUCGCUAUACCCUAGCGGUAUACAUACCUACUGUCAUAUACAUACGUAGUGGAAAAAUGGCGUCGACGGUGUGUGUUUCUAGGUGCCGAAUGUUAGCAAAAUUAGACAUAAAUCGUGGUUUGUGUUUAUCACCGUUAUUUAGGGAUUUGUCAAAUAACAGGGAGUCAUGGUGUCGGAGGUGGCGGCCCGCACGUCGCACUUUCUUCACCAGCGUUUGCGUUCACGGUUCAAAAUCCACAGCCUCAAAAGUUGAAAUCGACAAGUCUGACGGCAAAAAGGCAAGCAGCAAGGCCGAAGAAGUGACAGUGACGUAUCGACGAGGUCUCCCGGUCAUCACGGUCCCGCUGCCGUCCCGUCGAGAGCUGUGUCGGUUCACCCUGCGGCCCGUCUCGCAGACUGUUGGAGAUCUUUUAGAACAGGUGAAGGCGGAAGACCGCGGUGUGGAGCGCGCCGCGGCGCUCGCGGCGGACGAGCGCGUGCGCAUCGCGGCCAGCGACACUAUCGAGUCCUUACUCGAGACCGACUUCCGGUUGAUCAUCAACGAUACCGAGUAUUAUGUGAAGAGUCCACAGCAGGAGCGCCUUAGUAGCGAGGAGAUUACUCGUCUCUCCGACGUGAGGAACUUGGUGAACCAGUUAUACGAGGCUCUCAACGUGAGGGAGCACCAGAUCCGCAAGGAGAGGGACCUGCGUGUACAACUGGAGAAACUAUCAGCGGAGUUGCAGCCUUUAGAAGAGAAACGCAUGUCCCUAGAAGUGGAGACGAGCCGCAAGACAUCAGUACUGACGUGGGUGGGCCUGAGCUUGAUGGGCGUGCAGUUUGGGGUGCUGGCGCGGCUGACGUGGUGGGAGUACUCCUGGGACAUCAUGGAGCCGGUCACCUACUUCGUCACAUACGGCACCGCCAUGGCUUGCUACGCUUACUUCGUGUUGACCAAACAGGAAUACAUACUACCAGAUGUGAAGGAUAGGCAACAUUUGCUAACUCUGCACAAAAAAGCGAAGAAAAUAGGUCUCGACAUCAACCACUACAAUCAUUUGAAGGACGAAAUAAAUAAAUUAGAAAAAGAUCUUGCCCGCCUUCGGGACCCUCUUCAAAUCCACCUGCCUUCCCCCACGGGAGGCGACGACAAGCGUUCCCCACUCUCAAAGAUAAAGGAUAUGCUUGAGGAAACGAGUAAGAAGAUGAAAAUCACGUAAUAUUGGCUGCCGACGGCGCGUCGCUUCAAGUAGACGCCGACUUGGUUCAUAGUGUGAGGCUUGUUCAUAAAAAAUGCGUUACUAUUCGCUGUUCGAAUUUAUAAUUCGAACUGUAUUAUUUUAUUUUAUUAAUAAAAAAAAAAAAAGAAUUGUCGAGUCUUCUAGGGCUGUUUUUAACGGCGUAUAUUAAAUUUUAAAUGAAUUUAAUUUCUUUCGGAUAACUUGUUGAAACUUUGCCAAGAUUGUUUUGCGAUUAGCUAUAAAUGGAUCCAAAAACACUAGGAUUAUUUUUUUCAAUUCAGUAUGUCAUCGAAUACUUUUUAAUAUCACAUACCAAAACAGUGAUAGUAGCGCUGAGUUUUAAAGAUUUGUGGCAAAUGUCUUUAAGUACCCGAUUAAUAUCGUUAAAUUUUUUUUUUGAGAUUUCAUCCUUUAAGCGAGAAGUUUAUUUAUUUAGGUAUCAAAAAUAUACGUAGCAAAAUGUACAAUUUAAAAAAUAAUAAACUGUUUAAAUAGUACAUUAGUUUUUUGAGAUUUUGCUCAGAUAAAAUGUUUCCUAUAUUUAUUUAACUAACAGUAAUUUUUCGUGGUAUAUUUUUUUUGUGUUUUAGUAUAUUUUUUUAAACAGUGCCAAUAAUCUGGUUAAGGCGGUACCUUAUGCCCAGUGGUGCGUAAAAUUGUUUUAACGAAAAUGGAAGUUGAAAAGUCCACUUUUCAACUUCCAUUUUCGUUAAAACAAGUCCACUCACGGUAUCCCCUUAAAUAGAUCGAAAAGACCAAAAUCUGUUAAGAAAAAAAUGUUAAAAGAUCAUCCCUUAUUACGAAUAUUAUUGAACUAACCUAGUUUAUAGUCUUAUUGAAUCUAGUCUUUGAAUCAAAAGAAUUUUUAAAUAUACGUAAGGUCGUUUUAGUAUUUUGGUUAAUCUUGCCAAGUGUAAUAUAAAAAUGUCAAACUAAAUUACUAUGACUUAAUUUUAUUAGAAAAAAGGAUAAUAUAGACAUUUCGUGAUUCAUUUUUGAUUAAAACAUUGUAGUUUAAACUAAAGUUAAAGUAUCCUCUGACCUAGAAUUGUAUUUGUAGACACAGAAAUGUAAAAGUUGUAACAAAAAUCUAUUAUUUGCCCUCAUCACGGCUUGAGAUUGAAAGGUAAUUUCCUGUUUAAUUAAAUACCGAAAUAAGCAAUUUUAUUUUGGUUCCCAAUAAAGAAAAACGCGGAAAUGCAUACAACCCAAAUUUCAGAAUUCUACAGGAUUUCUAGUGCAUAAAUAAAAUGGUGCUUAAUUUUAUAUUAUGUAGUUAUUAGUUAUGGCUUCGAAGUUGGUGAUUAAAUCGAUCUGUAGUCUAGCACAAAUAAAAUAAUUUUAUUGUUUUUUUUAUUAUUAUUUUAAUUAAACUUGAACUCUAA